GGCAUCGCGCUUGGGCCAUGUCGUCAUGUCGAGAUUCUUCCAUUGAGUUCCCACGGCGCGUGAACACCACGUUUUGUUGAAAACGGCCAAGUCCCACAGACGCCAUGUCCUGGCUCAAACGGCGAGCAGGGCCCCUGAUAGUACUCGGAACCUCGGCCAUCGGCGGCGCCGCGUAUCGCUUCACGAAAUCUACAGACCCCUCCGACGCAUCGUUGAACCCGCAUACAUUCACGCCGUACACUCUUGUAGACAAGCAGCCCGUCUCGUCGACCAGCGCAAUCUUUACAUUGCGCAACAGCAAUGGCGUCUCAGACACGGAAAGUGUCAAGGAGGUGUGGAAGCGCAGUAUCUGGAGUGUCCAGAUUAAGCAGCCACAACUACAGAUUGCGCGCGCAUACACACCGCUCCCACCCUUGCCACCAGACGUCCAUAAGAAUGGCGAGAAUGAGCCUGAAGACAUGAGGCUACUCAUACGACAGGAGCAAGGAGGCGAGGUCUCGACCUACCUGCACCGACUACCCGAACAGUCCACCGUCGAGCUACGAGGACCGAACACCGAACUUCAGCUCCCGCGUGAUAUCAUAGAGGUUGUCUUCCUGGCAGGCGGAACUGGCAUAGCGCCCGCAAUGCAGGUUGCGCAAGCGCUAGGCCGACGGACUGGAAGCCGAAUGCAUAUCCUAUGGGCGAAUAGGCGGCGUGAAGAAUGUGUAGGGGGUAUUAGCGACGACAGAGGUAGCACAACAUCUGCAUUGGACCGAGUAGGCUGGUGGCAGAGCUUCUUCGGUUCCAGCGAGUCUGUUGCAGCAGCACCACUUGCAGAGGACUCAUCUACCGCGCCCAAGGGCACUAUAGUGAGGGAACUGGAUGCGCUCAAGAAGCGAAGCGAAGCAACGAAAGGCGAAGGCCUCAGUGUCAACUACUACGUCGAUGACGAGAAGACAUCUAUACACCCAACCGAGAUCGAGAAGAGGAUACAAAGGUCACCAGCAGAGAAUGGCUCAAGAUUGAUCAUAGUAUCAGGCCCAGAUGGAUUCAUCGAGCAUUGGGCAGGCAAGAAGCUAUGGGCCAACGGAAGAGAGGUACAAGGGCCAUUAGGUGGUCAGCUAGGAAGGAUGCAACUAGGUGAGUGGAAAGUAAUCAAGCUGUAAGAUAACAUACGUUCACCAUGAUAUCCAUCUUCGCUCUUACACUCUUUAUGAGCCUACCAUCUGAUUCCUAGCGCAUUUCAACACACUCCGCGGACCUUGACAUCGGUGUUUCUGCGAGUCCGUAAGUGCGCAUAUAUGCAAGCCGGGAAUAGUGCAGCCAUCACUUGCCUAAAUAGCGGCUAG